AUCAAUAAAUACGGAUCAUGGUACUCUGUAACGAAUAAACUUAUAACAUCAAUAACACGUGUUAGUCAAUAUAAACAUAAAAGAAUACAAAACAAAUUCAUAUGGAAUAAUAAAUUGCUUUGAUACUGGGUAUAAAAUUUCAAUGUUAAUUAUUUACUGCGGAAUUACAAUUAUAUUUAAUGGAUAAAAUAUGUUAACUUUCUAAUCUAUUCGGAAACAACAGCAAGAGGAAUAGCAAAAUGAAUUUAAUAUAUUGUAUUAUGGUGUUAAUUCUAACUUCAUUUGCAAUUGCUAAAGCACCACCUAUCGAUGUUGUUUUCUUUGUACAAAGUCAAGAUACCAAAUAUCAUAAUGAAUUUAGUCAAAAUCUAAAGGAGAAUAUAAUCAAACAAUCAAUAGAAUUGCAACCAAAUUAUAGAAUUAAAGUACAUGUAUUGCAUGAACUAUUCAAUUACCCAGGAGACUGGACAAUACAUAAUGUAAUACCAAAACUAGUGUUACUUCAUAAGAACAUGAACACGAAAAUGAGUACAACUACAAAUAAUAAUCAACAAAUGGAAAUAAUCAGUGACAACACAAGAUGGGUGGUAUUUUGUGAGGAUCAGACACAUGUUAAAUUAAAACUACUUAUGGAAAAACUAAAUGAUGAAAAUCAUACACAGCCUUUAUAUUUGGGACAUACAUUAUAUGAUAAUGAAACUACAAUAAUACAUCAUUUUGCAUUUUUUGAAAAUCCUAAAUGGUUUAAAUAUCCAAUGCUGCGGUCUGGUGUCGUUUUCAGUAUGUCAUUAUUCAAAAGUAUCGCCGAUGUUUACGAAAAUCAUAUAAACAAAAGACAAUUACAAAAUUCGGAAUUUAGUAUUGAUGCCGCCCAUGAGUUGUCUCGAUUUAUCUAUGAUAAUAUAAGAAUUUCAACAACUUUUACUACAAUGAACUCAAAAAUUAAUAAAAACAAAACACAUACAACAACUUCAUCUAAUAAUUCUGACCUGCCGCAUACUGACUUUCAUAUGACACCUAUUAAUGCGAAUCUAGACAACUAUAAGUCUCGUAUAAAUAUACAAAAACAGAAAAUAAUUUUAAAGAAAGCUUCAUACAUUUGCCCUGAGGCCACAUGGGAGACCGGAAGCAAGCAGAAUAACAAGAACAACAAGGUGUAUAAUGAUAAUGAAAAAUGUGCCAUGUAUGGUGAAAAAACAACAAAUGCAGCAUUAUCAAUGACAUGUCUUCCUGUUAAACGUGAAGAAAUUUAUUUCGCUGUUAAAACAUGUUCGAAAUAUCAUCACGAACGUCUAACAAUAAUACAAAACACCUGGGCACAAUACGUCAAACAUGUUAAAUAUUUUAGUGAUUUACAAGAUGACACAAUACCAACCACUAACACUGGCAUACCAAAUGUUGAGAUGGGACAUUGUGCAAAAACAUUACAAAUUCUAAAAUUAGCUUUGAGGAAUAUUGAAAACUACAAUAACAAACAACACAGACUGCAUCAAGUUAAUCAAGCAAAAUAUGAGAAUCAUCAAAUACAGUGGUUGUUCCUAACUGAUGAUGAUACUUUAUUAAGCGUUUCAGGUGUUUGCCAAGUACUUGGUUGCUACAAUUCAAUGGAUGAAAUUUAUUUGGGUGAACGCUACGGCUAUCGUUUAUAUGCUGAAGAUGGUUUUAAUUAUAUUACGGGUGGUGGUGGCAUUGCAUUCUCAUUGCCAGUGGUUAAACUUAUUUUGCAGCAUUGUUCGUGCCCUUCAGCUACGGCGCCUGAUGAUAUGAUUUUAGGCUCUUGUUUGCAUUCACUUCAACUGAAAGCUUUGCACUCGCCAAGGUUUCAUCAAGCUCGCCCUAAUGACUAUCCUUUGGAGUUGCUACAGCAAGAGCCGCCAGUUUCAUUUCACAAAUUUUGGCAACUUGAUCCAAUUGAAGUCUACAAUCAAUGGUUUGCCGCUGAGGACCAUCAACUGUUUGCUAUGGAAAAUCACGUUCUUAAAAAUCUUAUUGAUUUGGAUUACAGUUCCAAGAAUCGUAAACUGUUGGCGAAAACAGAACACUUGAAUUUAAAUGGGAUUCCUGUUUCUUUGGAAUCUUCAUUAUAUCAUUCCAAGGAACACCAUGUCGAUCUUUAAUGAAAUAGUUUUUUAUCUUUGUAAAUAAAAUGCAAUAUAUUUUUUUAAAA